AGCCAUUGGCGGGAUGGGGGCAGGGGGCGGGGCCUGGGGCGCCGGGUCAGUGUGAUGGCGGCGGUAGCGGCUGCGAAACCGGCCUCUCGGCGCGUGGGCUUCGUGGGCGCGGGCCGCAUGGCGGAGGCCAUCGCGCAGGGCCUCAUCCGAGCAGGGAAAGUGGAAGCCCAGCAGGUGCUGGCCAGUGCACCGACCGACCGGAACCUCUGUCGCUUCCGGGCUCUGGGCUGCCAGACCACCCACUCCAACCAGGAGGUGCUGCAGGGCUGCUCACUCGUCUUCUUCGCCACCAAGCCCCACGUCUUGCCCGCCGUCCUGGCAGAGGUGGCCCCAGUGGUCACCCCUGAGCACAUCCUGGUGUCUGUGGCUGCCGGGGUCUCUCUGAGCUCCCUGGAGGAGCUGCUUCCUCCGAACACGCGGGUGCUGCGGGUCUCCCCCAACCUGCCCUGCGUGGUCCAGGAGGGGGCCAUGGUGCUGGCCCGGGGCCGCCACGCGCGGAGCGGCGAGGUCGAGCUCCUGCAGACGCUGCUGGAGGCCUGCGGGCAGUGCGAGGAGGUGCCUGAGGCCCAGGUGGACAUCCACACAGGCCUCAGCGGCAGUGGUGUGGCCUUCGCGUGCGUGUUCUCUGAGGCCCUGGCUGAAGGCGCCGUCAAGAUGGGCAUGCCCAGUGGCCUGGCUCACCGCAUCGCCGCCCAGACCCUGAUGGGGACAGCCAGGAUGCUGCUGCAGAAGGGGCAGCACCCAGCCCUGCUGCGGGCGGACGUGUGCACGCCGGGCGGCACCACCAUCCAUGGGCUGCACGCCCUGGAGCAGGGCGGGCUGCGGGCAGCCACCAUGAGCGCCGUGGAGGCCGCCACCUGCCGGGCCAAGGAGCUCAGCAGGAAGUAGGGUCCCCAGAGUCCCCCACGCCCUCUCCCAGCCCCUCCCUCUAUGGAGGACAGGUCCUCUCUGACCGAGGGAGCCUCGCGCUGUGCCUGCUUCCCACACGGGGACGUGAGGGGCAGGGCCGGAGGGAUCCCUGAGCGCCCAGCCCCUGGCACAGGGUCUCCUGGUGAUGGCCACCACCAGGGGCGUGGGCCCCGAGGCCUGAGCGCUGGUGGUGCUGGUCAGGGGCGGGGCCGAGCUGGGCCCCGGGCACGGGAGCAGCUUCGGGUGGGACUUAGGCAUCUGCACGAGGCCUGCUCCCUCAGCGAAGCCCUGUUGGUGGGGGCCCCUUAGGGGGCAGCGUCAGGGUUGGAAGGAUGGACCUUGGCCAGAGGGGACCACACAGGCUUCAGCUGGCAGGGCCCUCCCGAGACCCCGGGCUCCGGGCAAGGGGCAGGUGUCGCUGGCUCUGGUGAGCCCUCCGGUCACGUGCUGAGGAUCCCUGGCCUGCCUGCAGGACCCGGCCCUCCCAUGUCCCUGAGCAGACUGCCCGGCUGGGCACGGGCCAGGCGAGCUGUGGGCCUUUGGGGGGGUUGCAGCUGUGCCCCACGGCUCACUGAGGCCUCUGCAGGCCGAGGCCCAGAGGCGGGUGCUCCCCGGGCUCCCACCCGUUCCCACUGCACCCACCAGCAGGCUUCAGCCCCCUGAGCCUACCUGUCUGCCACCCGCCUCCGGGCAGCCCCAAGGGCGGUCCCCCCCCUCAUUCCUGCCUGCCGUUGGUCUGACCUGAGUCCGUCUCAGAGGAGGGCUUUCUCUGCUGGAAGUGGGAAUAAAGUCUGUCCUGCAGC